GCUCCACCUGCUCCUUCAUCUCCUCUCGUCUCCAGAAGCGGGCAACACUCCAGUCCUCUCGCACCACACGCUCGCCACACACAUCGCCAGCCAAUAGCUAAGCCGCGUGCAGCCCUUACGAUGGCGGACCUCGCCCAGUGGCGCGCCGCGGCCACGCGGCGCAUCUUCCAGGUCACCCUCUCCCGAGAUGAGGCCGAGCGCAGCGACUGGUAUCUGACCUACCUCAAGGAGCUGGCCGAAGAGCUGCGCUCCGAGAAUGGCGACGCAUUGCCGCCGCUCAGUCCCGAGAUGGCAGACCGCAUCCUCACUGCGCGCCUCCUGCUUGACCCGACGGGCGACGUCAUGUCGGACGACGGCGAGAAGCUGCAGGUGCUGGCGAGCCUCGAUGAGAACAUGACGAGCUGGGACUGGCUCGUGGGCUGCUGGCGGAGAUGCCGGCUGGAGGAGGGCAAGGUGCGGAAAGCGCUUGGGCCGCAGGCCGCCACGGGACAGAGCGACCUCGACUCGAUUCGCACUCUCCUCACAUCGUACAUGGGCCUCGUCCUGCAGGACUCGUCGGCGUUCCCCAAGGCGUCGAAGGGCUCGCUUACGGUCUCGUCGCUCUCGCUGCUGCCUUCGCUGCUGAAGGAGUCGACGGGUUCGGCGGCCGCGUCCGACCCGUACGCCUCAUCAUCAUCUUCCUCCACUGUUCCGACAGUCGGCAGGGACAGCUGGGCGACCAUCGAUGCAGUCGACCUGCCUCUCUUCCUGCGAGAGCUCACCGAGCGCUUCGCGGACGACGGCAUCGCCGAGAUCAUCGAGCCUGUCUUGUGCGAGAUCACGCGCCGCGUGCGCGAUGGCCGCGAGUCCGAGGCGCAGGCAGGCGAGGCGAGCGGCUCGGGCGCCGGGGUGGAUCGUGCGAUGCAGGAGGCAGCGGCUGCCGGCGAUGUCCAGGCUGUGCUUGCCAGGCUACUGGCAGGUGGAAGUGCUGGUGCGCCGCCGGCCGCCGCAGCAAAGAGGACGCAAGGCAUGACAAUUGAUGGGCUGGACUGGCGGAGCCACAUGACGGCACUGGUCGAGUGCGCUGAUGUGAAGCCUCUCGCCGCGGUGAUCGCAACCCUGCCGUCGUUCAACCCGCAAGAUGUGACACCAGCGACGCUCGAGCUCAACGCGCUUCUCGGCCCGCUGCUGCGGCUGUCGUGCUUCGCGGACGUGGCACCUGGGCUGGCCACGCAGUACUUUCCUGACAUCAAGCGCCGCGGCGAGGUCGAGACAGGCAUGUCAUCACUGCGCUCGACGCUCGGACUCGUCCACAACUUGCACUUCCGCCUGCUCAACUCCUGCGUACGCUCCGGGCCACAGGGCAGAGAGGGCGUGGUGGGCUUCCUUGCGCGCGCCUGCGAGCUCAACAAGCGGCGAGGCGUCAUGCGCGUCAAGGCGCGCGAGGUGGCUACCGACGGCUUCAUGGUGAACCUCUUCGACACUGCGCUGCGCUUCUCAGAGCCCUUUAUGGACCCCAAGUACAGCAAGAUCGAUCGCAUCGACUCGGGCUACUUGCGGCGACAGAAGCGCUACGAUGUCUCAACGCUCACGCGCCUGAGCGCGGACGAGGCCGAGGCGAAGAAGUGGAGCGAAGAGGGCGAAGACUUUGCCGCGCCGCCGAACUUCAUCACCGAGAUCUACUACAUCACGCUGCGCCUCUCGAGCCUCGGCAUGUCCAAGGCGCUGCGCAACUUCAACGAGCGCGCCGAGGAGCUGCAUCGCAUGAAGAAGCGCGCCGACGAGUACGAGGCAGACCGCGGCACAUGGGCGUCAGACCCAAAUGCGGCGCAGUACGAAGCGUUCAUCAAGAAGGCGCGCACAGAAUGCCAGCGCAGCGAGGCGAUCAUGGCGGCCACCGAGACGCAGCUGCUCGAACCGAGCUACAUCGACCGCGUCCUGACGUUCACGAGCUUCGUGAUGACGUGGCUUGUGCGCAUGGCGGACCCGCUCGAGCAGCACCCGCAGAAGGAGGUGCAGCUGCCGCUGCCGAAAGAGGUACCCGAGCGCUUCCGCAUGCUGCCCGAGCACAUCUUUGAGGAUGUGUGCGAGACGCUCAUCUUCCUCGGCCGGUACAAGCCCGACUGCCUGCCCGAGGCCGUCAAGAACGAUCUCAUUACAUUCUGCGUCACGUUCCUGUCGUCGGGCUGGUACAUCAAGAACCCGUUCCUGAAGGCCAAGCUUGCGGAGAUCCUGUACUUCUUUGUGCUGCCAUACGGCAGCCAGCCUGUCGGCUUCCUCGGCGAGCUGCUCAACUUCCACAAGCUCGCGCUGAAGCACCUCGUGCCCGCGAUCAUGUCGUUCUGGGUCGAGGCCGAGUCGACGGGCUCGCACACGCAGUUCUUCGACAAGUUCAACAUCCGCUACCACCUGGCGCAGGUGUUCAAGGUCGUGUGGAAGGCGCCCGCACACAAGGAGCGUCUGCACGCCGAGGCGCAGGCCAACGUCGACACGUUCAUCGUGUUCGUCAACCGCCUGCUCAACGACGUGACAUUCCUGCUCGACGACGCGCUCGAGCGUCUGGCCGCGCUGCACAAGCAGCAGCUCGAGAUCGACGACACGGCUGCGUGGGAGGCACGCACGCAGGAGGACCGCACCGAGCACGAGGGCCACAUGCGCGGCAACGCCGGCCACGCACGCAGCAUGCUCCAGUACGGCCACACCUUCCUCGCCGCGCUCAUCGACUUCAGCGCCGAGGACGGCCGGGUGCGCGACGCAUUCAUGCAGCCCGAGAUCGUCUCGCGCCUGGCGCCCAUGCUCGACUACACGCUCGACACGCUCGCGGGCCCACGCUGCCAGGAGCUCAAGGUCAAGGACCCGAAGAAGGCCGGCUUCGACCCCAAGCAGCUGCUGCGCCAGAUCCUCAGCGUCUUUCUGAACUUUGCGCCUCGCGACGAGUUCGCCGAGGCCAUGGCUCGCGACGAGCGCAGCUACCGGCGCUCGAUCUUCGAGAAGGCGGCGUCCAUCGCCGAGCGCCACAUGCUCAAGAGCCCGCCGGAGCUGGAGCAGCUCAUGGCGCUCGUCGCACGCGUCGACGCCGUGCAGGCGGCCGACCUGGCGGAGGAGGAGGACCUUGGCGAGAUCCCAGACGACUUCACGGACCCGCUCAUGGCGACGCUGAUGAAGAACCCGGUGCAGCUGCCGAGCUCGAAGGCGAUCGUCGACCUGUCGACGAUCAAGUCGCACCUGCUUUCGGACGCCAACGACCCAUUCAACCGCGUGCCGCUGAAGAUCGAGGACGUCAUUCCUGCGACCGAGCUCAAGGCGCAGAUCACCGCCUGGCUUGCCGAGCGCAAGAAGGCAAAAGCAGAUGCCGACGCUGCAGCCCAGGCCUGAGCGGCCACACCCUAACCCCGCAAUGACCACCCAUCAGUGUGACGUGAGCGGGCUUGAUUAUGCGUGUGCUGUGGAGCGAUGCAGGGGUCGGAUGCAGAAUACAGAAU